UAUUGUCUAUCUGUCAAUAAUUCAAUUCAAAAAAUGUAGGUUAGUUUUGUUUGAACAUUAUCCAAAUUACAGCUAUAUUUUACCUAAUAAUAAGUAAACAAACAAAAACUGAAUAUGCAAAAUCAGCCAACAUUUGGUUUUGGAGCUACCGGAGUUCAGCCGACUGCAGCACCCGCUUCUGGGGGAUUAUUUGGUACACAACCAGCUACCCCUGCCUUUGGAGCUGGAACAGGAUUAUUUGGGGGCACAACUACAUCUGUAGCUCCAUCGCUUUUUGGAAACACAGCUAGUACUGGAUUUGGGGCUCCACCAAAUGCUGGAAUAGGAGGUUUUGGGGCUACUCCAGGAGCUGCACCCCAGACUGCACCAGCUUUUGGAGUUCAACAAAGCACAACACCUGCUCUAGGAGGUAUUGCUACUCCUACACCUGCUUUUGGAGCAGCUGCCACACCAGCUUUUGGAGCAACUGCUGCGCCUACGUUUGGAGCAACUGCUGCGCCUACGUUUGGAGCAACUGCUGCGCCUACUUUUGGAGCAACUGCUACACCUACUUUAGGUGCUACUACGACUGCUUUGCCGAGUUUUGGAGCUGCAGCCACUGCUGCAUCAAGUUUUCGUCCCACUGCUCAAGUUAGCGCUGCUGCUGCCCCAGCUCCCUUAUUUGGAGCAACAUCUACUGCAGCCCCAACUUUUGGAGCGGCACCAACAGCUACACCUAGUUUUGGUUUAACAACAAGUGCAGCUCCCACAUUUGGGGCAAUUGCCACUGCUGCUCCCACAUUUGGAGCUGCCACUACAACUGCACCUACAUUUGGACUUGGUGGUACAACUGCUCCUGCAUUUGGUGCUGCUACUACCACAGCACCAAGCUUGGGAUUUGGUACUGGAAUUACAACAACCAGUACUUCUUUAAAUACUAGUUUGGGAUUUAAUCUUGGAGCAACUACCACCAGUACAGUCGCUACUACUAGCAGUACCACAACAACACCAUCCGUUGGUCUAGGAGGUCUAGCUACUACACAAGCCAAAGUAGUCACCGCACAAAAAGAUGUCACACCUAAAGAUCAGCCCCUUCCUAACGAACUUCUUCAAACUGUAGAAGCCUUCAAAGGAUUUGUGAAGCAACAGAAAGUUUACAGUUCGGACAUAUCAAAAUGUUCAGCUCGGGAUUUUAAGAAAGUAGAGCAAGACAUUAAGCAAUUGACGGCUCUUCUGAAAAAUGUAGAACAUCAGCUGCAGAUAAAUAGGCAAUUGGCAGAAAAUUUAAAAUAUGAUACAGCAAAAUGUUUACAAGACGUGGAAAUAGCACAAAGGACUCAAGAUACUCCACCUGGGUUGCAGUACGAAAACACAGAACCUCUGAAGUUUUUCCUAAAUCUUGCGGACAAAUUCGAAAAGGAUAUGCAGGCAUUAAAAUCACAAAUAGAAGGAGCCGAAAGCUACGUCAAAAACCACAGAAAUCCAAACCCCGUGACGUCGCAGGACAUGGCGUUGGGAAUGCGCAGACUCCACGAGUCUUUUGUAGCUCUAGCGGGUCGUCUACACUCGGUUCACUCUCAAGUGGAAUCUCAGAAAGAAGCGUACCUGCAGAUGCGAAAACAGUUAUACAACGACAAUACCAAUCCUUUCGAUAGCCACGAGGGAAACCUCAGCCAUAUUUUCAAUUAUCCUUUACCGAAGAUCGCAACUGGACCUACACCUUUCAGUAAUUUGUCUUUAGGUGCUACGUCACUAUUUGCUGGACAACAAAACCAAAGUACGAUGUCUUUUUCGACGCCCACGACUGCAGCGCCAGGUUUCAGCAAUAUGACAUUCGGCACGAGUUUCGUAAGCCAAUUGGGCGGGAAUAGUUCACAGUUGUUCGCCGCGCCAUCUCUAGGACAAAGUACGAAUAGUUUUCAAUUGCAAAAACCACCCACCGGAAACAAAAGAGGAAAACAAUAGUUUACGGUUUUAUUUUUUUAGCUCACAUUGUCAUAAAUAUUAAACUUUUACUACUAUAUAAAAAAUGGAAGUUGCUGUUAUUUUUGUAUUUGUAUUUUUGAUAAUUUAGGUAAUUUUAAUAGUUGUAGAGGAAUAUUUUAAGAUGAGUAAAAGUUCAAAACGAAGAA